AUGCGACGCGGAGACUACGCGGGGGCAGGUCCCGUGCUGACCCAAAAGGGCGCCGUCUCAGCCGGGCACAGCGCGGCCACGACGCCCCGGUCGGCCGCGCCCUCGGGCUCGCAGCGCUCCCUCUCCACCGGCGCGCCCAGCACCAUCCUCAUCAACCUCGACGUGCUGAUCCAUCGGGCCAACAUCGGCCGCGACAUCAGUCCGGACGACGACGACCUCAUCGUGCUCUUCCGACGCAACAGCAAGGAGGUCACGUCCGAUCCCGCGCACUGGAGCGCCGAGCACAGCGCCGUGUGGAACCAGCACGUGGACAUCCAGACGUCGCUCUUGCGGCAGAAAAAACCUCCGCAGGGAGGCAGCGCGACAGCCGCCGAGUUCCUCAAGAAAGAGUACGAGAUCGUGCUCGUUGCGCUGCCGAGUCAUUCGGCCGUCGCGCUCUUCUCCGUGGACUUUGCCACGCUCGUGCAGCUUCACGCGUCGCCCCACGACCGGCGCAAGUUCUUUCGCGUGUCGCCGCUCAAGUGUCGGGACUUGGCGGCCACGCUCGAGUUCGAGAUCACGUGGGACCUCGUGAGCUCUUCCGACGGUUCGCCUGCCGCCCCAACAACGACGUCAACAACGACGACGACGACGAUGCUCCAUGGCGCUGCAGCUACUGGAGGAACGGGCCUGCCGCCGUCGUCCACUUUGCUGCCGAUGAAGAGCGGGAACACGCCCAGGGCGCAGACGCCGCGAGAGCGGAACCGGUCGCGGCGCGCUCCCAACGAGACGCCGUCCGUGCCGACGCGACGCACGACGGCCAGUCUGAGCUCGGCCGGCAGCGAGAACGACGGAUCGGAAGAAUCAGCGGCAGCGGCGGCGGCGCUCAAUUGCAGCAACUGUCGGUCGGCCAAGCGCCGACUGGACCGCAAAGAGGUGCAAGUGCUGCAGCUCGAGUCGUUCUUGAAAGAGUCGCAGAAGCGCAUUGACGCCUUGUGCGCGGAAAACGAAGAGCUCAUUGUCCGGGAGAAGGCCGAGACGCGGAACGCCGCGCAACAGCGGGCGCUCAAUCUGCGUCUCUUGCAGGAGCUCGAGACGGCGGUGCUGCUGUGCAACGACCAGAUGCAGGUCCAGGACACGACGUUGCUGCCACAGGUGGAGCUGGUUGAGCGCGUCAAGAGGUUCCACGAAGAAGUCGAUCCGUUGCGAGGUCACGAGAGCUUGCCGUCUUCGGAAGCGUCUCAUGAGUUGCAGCCCUCCUUUGACUUUCGAGCGGAGACCGAAGCAGCAUUGCAGCGCAACCAGCGACUGCAGGAGCAAUUGGAGUUCUUGGGCCGCUCAAUGGACUACGACAGCGAGGGAGUAGACGGCGGGACUCGUCCCCAUCGUGCAGCGACGGACGCAUCAGGCACGACUAUCUCGUCGGUCCGUAGCGGGAGCGUCACGGUGGACUGCACGGAACGACCGAUUGCUCUCACGAUGACACAGCAGCUCAAUAACCUCGAGCGUGAGAACUUCAAGCUACGGGCUGAGCUUGAGGGUGCACUGGCAAACGUCGCGAGUGCACUGAAGAAGCACUCUGGGGGCUAUCCUUCAGGCUUCACAUCCGGUCCAUCACUGCAAGCGGAGAUCUCUGAGACGACGAGCUCGUCGAGUCGCGAAGACAUUGAGGAGACUGAAAACGAUGAUGCGGCACUGCUCACUCGGAUUCGCGAGCAGCACGAGGUUGAAGCUGGACGCAUUGUCGCCCUUGAGUCGGAACUGAGCAAGGCAAAGGAGGACGUUGACGAGCUAAAGCGACAGCUCGAAUCUGCUCAGAAUGGACGCUCGCUGAAGACAGACCAGGAGCAGCCGACACAGGCGCCCGGCUUCUUGGACAAGAUUUAUGCUGAUGUUGGCAAGGCCAAAUUGGCGCUCGAGGACCGUGUCAAGCAGCUGGACGAGAUGUUGGCUAGUGCUACCGAGGAGAACGGUCGUCUGCGCAAUCGGAUUGAGGAGUUGGAAGAGCAAAAGAGUGGCUGCGAUGACCAAGUGAUAUCGGCAGAGACGAAGAUAAGCAUGAUGGAGCUCGAAAGGUUACUGGAGGUGCGGGAUAAGGAGCUCCAGGCGAGCAAAGUAGAGCUCGCAGCGCUAAAGACACAGCUUGAAGACGCUGCAGACCGUGCUCGUGCGAGUAAGAGUGUAACUACAGAGCUGGAGAGUGAGCUGGCAGGCGUGCGAUUAUCCUUGAAGAUGGCACGGGAAUCAGUCGUGCAGCUUGAGAACCAGUUGGCCGUGAUGUCAUGUAGCACGGCUACCGCGACAACGUCCACGUCGUUCGUCUCUCGCAAUUCGGCCACAAGUGAUGCUGCUAGUCAUGACCAACUGGCGGACGUGCAAAAGCAGCUGAAGCUGUCGAAGCAGGAAGUCAUGCAGCUUCGUUUCCGCAGUAACCAGCUUGAGAGCGUUCACGAGCGUCUAGAAGAGGCGCUCAAAGAGAAGCGCACACUGGAAGUGAAGCUGACAGCACUUGAGGGUCAGCUCUUUGAGCAGCGAAGCCGGACUAUCAAUUCUGACAACAACAGCUUCAUCGCUCCCUCGUUGGAUGCCAAGACAUCUGUCAUGUUGGCAGAUAUGCAGCGCGAGUUGGACCAAAAGUCGGCCGAGCUCAUGAUUGCUGAGCAGGAAGUUGAGCACUUGCGCUCCCGAUUUGAUGAGCGUGGUGGCGAGGGUGGCUCACUUAGCAACAUCGACGACGUGGCGCACCAGGUCAAGUGCUUUGAGAGCGAGAUUGCGUGUUUGUGUCAGCGCAAUGACGAGCAGGCUAGGCGACUGAAAAGGCUCGGGAACCGCGUGACAGUUGCCAUCCGCGAGCGCGACGAGCUCGAGGCGAUUGUCCAACAAAUGGUGGCUGAGAUGUCGCUGCUCGGCAAAGACGUGAAGCUGAGUGGGGACACCAGCAUCAAGAACCAUUCGGCAUCGGUCUGUGAGAACGACGGGACUGAAAAGUCGCCGUCGCCAAUGUCACGCCUUGCGUCGCCCUCGAAUCCGGUGCAGGUUGGCAAAAUCACCGACCGUUAUGCGAAUGCAGUAGCGUCAACCUCGUCUCAUCCAUCGAGCUCUACUACGCCGACUGUAUCUAGUAAGGUGGCACAGCUGAUGAAGAACUUUUCGUCUUAG